AUGGGCACAAGUGGCUCACUAGAGUCCAACACUUGCACACAGGGGGUGCCUGCAGAAGAGCUCGCGACAAGUGGCUCAUCAGAGUCCAACACUUUCACUACACUCAAUUCUACAGACGGCACAGCAGAACACGAAACUUGGGGCUUCGGAGACGCCAUGAUGGUAGUCAAACGUUGUUUUCACGACAGGAAAGCUGAGAUCACGACCGAAUAUGUUGAUUUGACCAUUGACAACUCUUAUUCCCAAAAUAAAAAAAAACAUGUAAACCACAUUUGUACUCAAUUAAUGGACAGCAAUUCCCAGUUUCACCUGAAUAUAUUAGAAGGUAUUCUGUUGCCCAUGAUGCCAUCUAAUUUAUAA